GGAAAAAAGUUGAAGAAAAUGAUUAUAAAUUAAGGGAUUUUAGAAGGGUUUAGAAUAGUGUGAAACGUAUUUGGAUAUGUCAUUUUUUGAUACAUUUGUUCAACUUCCCAUAUCAAUUAAUGAAGGACGUGUAGUUUCAGUGGAGAAGGAACUAAUGGAAAAACUUGAGCCAUUUAAUCGUCUUAUAAAGUCAAUUACUCUAAAUCAAUAUCCGGAAGAUAUACCUCUACCACCAAACCAGGUGCAUCCUAAACGAUCCAUUCAUAUUAAUCGGUUAAAGGAAUCUGGCACUGAACAUUCUCGUAGAAAAAACUAUGAUGAAGCCCUUAAAUUCUUUACGCUUGCUGUAGAAAUGGCUUAUGGACGUCCAUAUUGGGAACCUGCUUCCUUGAGUAGAGAUGAACUAGCAGCGGCAUUUUAUGAAAGAUGUACUGUAUAUCUCGCUUCUAAACAAUGGAAAAAUGCUUUUGUUGAUGCAUCAACCGUUAUUGGGAUUCGAAAAGCUUGGAGUAAAGGUCAUCUUUGUAAAUCAAAAGCGCUUCAAGGUAUGGGAAUAUUAGAUAAAGCAAAAGAAUCACUUGAACUUGGAUUGAGUUUUGAACCGAAAAAUGAUGAAUUAUUAGCUGCUCUUAAGGAAUUGAAUAGGCAGUUAGAAAGAUAUUUUUAA